AUGUCAGCACAACAAGACCUCCAAGAGCUCCUGCGGCUCCUCACCGUUGGCCGAAAGACUCCCAUGCUUCAAGCCAUGGCCCAGAUCAAGUCUCUACAAGCAGUCGAGAUUAGGAGCAUCCAACAAAUAGCAGAAGCACCCUUCGACACCAUCAAGACAGCUUUGAACGACGAAAAGACAGCCAAGUCUCUUCAAAAUGCCUGCAAAGCGGCCAUGAAGCGGACCAGUACAGCAGGAGGCUCAACGGGUACCAAGCGCGGCGCCCCGUUAUCAACCGAUUCACCUUCCAAGCGCCUCAGACAUGACGACAACCCACUCAUGCCCUCCCGCACUCCCGGCAAGGAGCUCACGCCUCAAGAACUGGAAGCCUCGCUCGAGCUUCCUUUGUGUCAAGAUGAAGAGCUUAUCUCGCAAACCGUCCUAGAGACCAACCGCGCCCCCUUAGUCUUGGCUUUUGCCGUCGAGCUAUUGCGGCAUACAAGGCCCGAGCAACCACUUUCUUCUCGGUUGAGCUUGGGACAGGCCGUAGUCAGCGCCAACUCGCGCUCAAAGGCACCUCAAGAAGAAUCCCAACCACCACCACCACCACCACAAGCACCGCAACCAAAAACCGUCCACCCCUUCUUCCAACCCACAACCUCCAACAUCCACUGGUCCCCCUCUGGCCUUCCCUUAAUCUCCAAAGACUCCCGCUUCCUCGCCCACUCGACCAAAAUUACCUCCCCCUCCCAAGAGAAAAUCCUGCUCAACAACCUCUUCCGUACCCAUCCCAACCUAGAAUCGGCCUCCCACAACGCCUGGGCCUACCGCGUCCGCACCCCCAGCAACGCAAACCGAAUCAUCGAAAAAUCCUUCGACGACGGCGAACAAGGCGCCGGCGACUUCAUGUUGCGCAUCUUACGAGAAAUGGACAUAGAUGAUACCCUCGUGGUAAUGACGCGGUGGUUCGGCGGGACGAUGUUGGGGCCUGAUCGGUGGCGGUUGAUGAGAGUCGUGGUUUUGGCGGCGGUGAAUGAGCGGAACCGAAAGAGUGGUGGUGGUGCAGAAUUGGAAGUUGGAGGAGAAGGGGAGGCGGUUGCGGUUUGGGGGUUAGAUGUCGAAAAGGGUUCAACAUCAUCUACGUCCACCAUGGGUGGAAAAAGGGAUAGCUACGGCACAAGCGUAGUAGGCAUGCAAAUCCACAAACCGGAAAUAGCUCGCAACUACCUUUUACGCAGCUUCCACACAGCCACAGCUACCCCUAUCACAAUUCCUUUUCUCUUAGGCUCGCCAUCAGGAACAGCAGAACAGAAAAAGACGACGACAACGACAAAAACCAAAAAGAUGCAAAAGCAACUAGAAACAGAGCGAGAAGAAAACCUAGGCUUACUCCUAGGCGCUCUACGACUGCUCUUCGACAGCUGGAAAGGCCAUUUGACAGCUGCGGAAUUAGAUAAGAGAGCUUGGGCGUGGUAUACGGCUGUUAGGCCGGAUGUUGAGGCUGGACCGGGGGGUUGGGGAGCGAAAGGGCGGUUAGAACUAAAGAGGAUCUUGGAGUUGAGGAGGAAGGAGGAUAGCCAGAACUAA